UUUUGUUUGUGGUUUUGUUGUGUGUGUGUGUGGGUUUGGUUUUAUUUUUUCUUUAAUCUGUUGAGUGGCUGGAAAGGGCUGGCAAAGUAAUAUUUAAAAGGAGAAGGACUAGAAAGCUCAGAGCAUUGUGUUACAGCUCGCUGAGUGACUCCACUGAACUACAGUGCUUGCAUUAUUUGGGAACAUGCUGAAGUUGCUGACAGGUUUAAACGGCCAUUUCUGGUCUUUCCUGGUAAUUUAUGUAUUUAAUGCCCCAGGAAGUCCUUGCUAAAGGAAGCAGAGCAUUUUGUAAACAGAUUUCACUGCUGUGAUACGCUGGGCUGGGCUGGAGUGUUUGGGCAGGAGGGUUUCGUUUAGUGCUUACAAACCAGGAGACAAAGGCAGAGCAGGGACUGGUGACUCCACAGCCUGUCAGUCAUUGUCUCUCUGGAGGGACAGGUAACCAGGCUGUGGGUGCCAGGCUGGGCUUGAGGGAUUCCCAGGCUGAAAACAUGAGGUGUCAACCACCUGUGUGUUUGUCUAAAGGGUUCCUGGGAGAGGGGAAGGUGCCUCACUGAUUCAACAAGUUGGCAUGUGCAAGAAAUCCUGUGAGUGCUUUUGUGCUGCUGUUUGCAAAGUGAAAGGAGCUGCAUUUCCCUGCUGCAGAGAGAGUUCCUUGUGUUGUGUAUACAGAGUCUUUAUAUCAUAGAAUGGUUUGAGUUGGGAAGGGACCUUAAAGUUUGUCUUCUAACCAUAGGCAGGGACACCUUCCACUAGCCCAGGUUGCUCCAAACCUCGUCCAACCUCGCCUUGGACACUUCCAGGGAUGGGGCAGCCACAGCUUCUCUGGGCAACCUGUGCCAGGACCUCCCCACCCUCACAGGGAAGAGUGUUUUCCUAAUAUCCCAUCUAACCCUGCCCCCUGACAGUGUGAUAUUCCAUCCAGGAGUCUCUGUACUCCACUUAGGAGUCUCUCUCUAGUUUUUAAUACAGAAAACCCUGAAGGAUGUGAAGCUCUCAGAGGUUCUCACAAAAGCAUCAGGAUUUGCAUUUUUCUGGUCCUUGAAGAGCUUCAGCUGCAGCAGGUCCAGCCCAGCAGCUGGGGAGCCUGCUGUACCUCAGGUUGAGCUGCUGAGCAAGGACAACACUCCCAAAGCUCUGGCCCACAGCUGGCAGGAGGCUUGGCUGCCUUGUUGGCAGGAAUUCCUGAAGCUUUCCUGUCCAGCCCAGCUCCUCUCUGUCUGCUGCUCCUGCAAGUGUGAUUUUUAUCAGUUACACUGAAUUCUUCUCCUCACCUGUGGCAAUGGAGAGUGAAUCAGUCAGGAUUUAGUGCCCAUGGGCAACCCAGGGCUCUCAGAUCAGCAGCUCCUGUGCUCUGAGGGCAAAUCCCCCAAUCCUGAACACCCUGUGGGGUGCUGGGCCCUGCCCAGAGCAGCCCCUGCUCCCCUGGGUGACACCCCACACCCUGGGCUCCCUGCCCUCGUGCUGGGCUGGGAUGGGGGUCACUGUGUCAGGAGGGGGUUUGGUUGGGGCCAGAGGGUGAGCCCUGCCCUGGCCUGGUGUUGGGCAGUGGGAGAGGGAAGGAAUGUGGUGGGGGAUGACUGUGCUGCUUUCAUGGAGAGCCACAAACCCCAGGAAAUGCAGCUCAAACCUAUAGCCCUGGUCAGGCCUCUUGCAGGGAGGGAUGCUGUGAGGCAUGAAUGGAGAUCACAGAGCAGGGAAAGCAGGGAAGGAGCUGCAGGGAUGUCUGAGUCACCCGGUUUCCCACUGACACACACAGCUGAGUGUUUUCACAACCACCUCCACAGAGCAACCAAGUUACAACCCAAUUCCAGAGGCCCUGGAGUCCUCCCUUGCUGUCAGGUGCUCAGGGCAGAUACCAGCCAGGGAUGCCCCUGCCCAGCCACGAGGCUGAAGGUGCAGCUGCUUCAAGUGCCAGGCUGGGUGGGAGGGCACAGGAAGGGGCUCUGCCUGUACCACAGUCCCACUGGGAUGGGGCAGCCCCCAGAGCAAACACACCCCCAUAUUCCCAUGUAGCAUCAGCACUGCACCACUCAGCUCUGGGCUGGCUGGGAAGGUGCUCUUUGGUGGGAUUUGGCAGUGCUUGGGGUGAGGAGGGUGAAGGAGCCCAUGAAUCAGCCCCGGGGGGCUGCCCACGGUGCCAACCCAGAGCAUCACCCAGGCUCUGCUGUGUUCCUGCAGAAACCCAAAGAAUCCCUUGGAAAGGCAAAUUCCCUCCUGAUAUAUCAGCCUGUAAGGGAAGCCUCAAAACCUUCAACCCAGCAGGUGUGCCUGUCUUUAGGAAAGGCAGCCCACGGGAGCAGUGUGGGGUCACACGUGUUUGUGCCAAUCCACUCUCCAAAAGAAACACAGCUCGGGGUGGGGGAGCUCCAAAUUCAGCCCUGACCCCCUCCCUCCUGCUGUGGAGCAUUUAUGGGGUUUGCCUGGAGUAAAGCAGAUGCUCUGAUGGAAAAUGGCAGGUGACAGAGGAUUUCCCCAACCUCCUGAGCUGCUCCAGGCAGAUCCAGGGAGGUGCAGAGCCUGGGAAGCACUUCUGCAAACACAUUGCUGAGUCUGCAGUGUUGUUUUUUUUUUUUUUAAAACUCUCUCCUCCAGCGAUCUGAAAAGCUGUGGGGACUUUUCCAGAGCAGUGGCAGGGCCUUUUCUAGGUGGUUACAUGCUCAAAGUGGGGUUGACUUUCCGCUGUGGGAAAUGUCCUCACGGAUGAGCCGCGUUUUUGUGCUUUAUUUGUCCAGAACUUGCCACCAACAGGCACUUGGCUGGAACUUCUUUGAACAGCAGAGAUAAACUGUUGGGUGGUGGGAUUUGGGGGUGCUUGGCACGAUGCCACUGACCCCUGCCAGGCUCUAACUGAGGGCUCAGCUCGGAUUAAUCCUCUUGCUUUCCGUUUGAGUGCCCACACUGGUGGUCUCCAACAUCUGUCCCCUCGAGUCUCACUGACCAUCCCCCAGGAGCCACUCCUGCCUUGAGAGAUUCCUGCAGGUGCCUGGAGGCAUUUUUCUCCUCUCUGAAUCAGUUUUUUCUCUGGGUAAUGUUUAACUGCUGAUUACACGGCCUUCCCUCCCGUGCCCCCCACCUGAUGAGCAUUCCCAGGAACCCUCCCAGAGCGUGGGAUGUGAGCAAUGGGCAGAACCACCUUGCUGCAAGCAAAAAAGUCUGGGUUGUGUCAUGGGUUUGGGGCUCCUGUGUCGUGUUUUGAGGCUCCUGUGUCGUGUUUUGGGGCUCCUGUGAUGCUUUGUACCUGCUCUAACAACCAUCACCUUCACGUGCACGAGGGCAGGUGGGUUUUCUUCCCCCAUUGCUGUGGUGGGUCUUGCAACCCACCAGACCCCAUUUUUCAUUCCCAAAUCCCAGGUUAAUUGUGCUGCAGGCACUGGUGGGAGCUGCUGUUCACAGAUAUGGUUCUGUGAAGCUCUUUGAGCAGGGAAUGAUCUCCCAGCUCCCGCUGAGUCCAGAUGAGCUGGGAAUGAGCCUCGGGCCUUGUUCUGUACAGGGAAUUCUCUCCCUCCUGGUGCCUUCCCUGACUGAAUUGUUUGCUCAUGAGCUGCCUCCAGCACAGGAGCUGCAUUUCUGGGAUGUGCUGGUGUAUCCAAACCCAUCUGGUGUAACAUGUAGUGUGGAAAUGCCUCCAAUCCCUUCCAGAAGGCACAGGACUUGCUGCAGGGGGGGUGUAUCCCAGAUUUCCAGAUGAGCAGCCGUGAUCUGAGCUAUUGAAUCUGUGCAGGGGUGACUGAACCCCUAAGGAUUCCUAAGGAAUAUGGCUGGAGACAUGGCUCAGUGUGGUUGGACAGGAAUCUCUUCUCCCAAAACCAGAUCAUUGCAUCUUCUCCUCUUUGUUACAGUGAGUUGGAUCCCAUGAGAGUUCUCAUUUGCCAGCUCUUGGUUACACCACUUGGAGUUGCUUAAUUUGGUGCCUGUGUGUAGAGUCAUAGGCUAAAAAUGUAGAAUAAGAGCUUUCUAACAAUCAUUUAAAAAAGCUGCCAACAAAAGACAGCCUCUAGCAUUGCUUUCAGGAAUAAGCUUCACAUUUGCUCCCAGCUCUCUCUUGAUGUAUCAUCUGUGCAGUGCAUGAAAAUGGGAAUUUGGGUUUAAAAUCUUAUUCCAUUUCCUCUUAAUGAAUUAUUUGGGACCUAAAUAAUGAAGUAAUUCCACCUCCUGCAAAUGCAGCCACGGGACCAAAUGAUUUGUUGCAAAUGUCUUUUAAGGACCUCACUAAGUAACCACAGCAGGUUAAACAGACCCUUUUUCUCUUGGAUGAUGUAUUAGUUUGAAAAAUUCGGGUCUGUUUGGCAUUUCUGGGUGGGGAGGGGGUUUUGUGCAUCCCAGCUUCCUGCCUGGAAGCUCAGACAAGCAGUAAAUCCUGCCUGGGUCCAGGGUGGGAAGCUCUAGGUGACACAUAUGAUAUUUGUCAGGGGAAAAGGGGUGAUUUGGGCUGUUUAAAAGGCACAAAAAUUAAGAACAGGCAUCUGAGCCCAACCCAGCAGCCCCCCCUGGGCAGUUCUGUGCCCAGGCUCUGAGCUGCAGGAGCUCCAGCAGGGUGGCGGUGCUUUGCUGGGGUUUUUUCCAUUCUAACUUCAAACCCUGGUUCUGUUGGACAUUUCACAAGGCUUCUGAUCCCAGUGUGCCUCAGAUCCUGGCCUGUAACCAGUGGGAAAAUACCUCUGGCUUGUUUUGCUUCCACAUCCUGGCUUGCCUGCAUGGGCAGUCCUACCCUGAAGGGUCUGGGGUGGUUUUUUAGGGUCUGAAUGCACUUUGCUGCACAUGGUGGAGUUGCUGUCGUUCCCAUGAAUAAGUCCAUUCACCCAGAGGGAGAGGAAAAAUGUGUGUGGCCCAGAAUUUUAAAACAAAAAAGGAGGAUUAGAACUGGGAAAUGUGCAGUUCACAGCCUCGUUCAGGCAUUGCUCCUGGGCAAGUCAGGGACAAGAGUCUGUUGGGUUCAUAUUCCCAGGUGUGGCUCUGGAAAUGAGGGGGUUUCUUCCCAGGGGUUUGGUUCUCUUGUCACCUGUGUGAGCUGAGGGGUUUGAGCCCCUCUCACCACACAAGCCAGGGAGGGUGACUAAGCUCCCCUCCUUGGUGCUGCUGCUGCACAGAGCUGCUGCAGUUUGCAGAACUCUCUCUGGCCUGGCAAGGAAAUGGAAAGCUUUUAAUGUGUGUUUUAACAACAGCUAAACCUGGGGAGCCCGUGCCAGACCCUGAGACAAACCCACAAAGGUGCUGCUCUGACGUGGGGCACGAAGGGGCUCGCACAGACAGGGGUUGUUCUCUUGAGGCCACAGCUCUGCCCCAGCUGCCCCCCAGCAGUUUGAACUCGGGGUUUCUUUCCCUCCUUCCUCCCUCUUUAGAGCCCCUCAGGGUGGAUCUGGGCACAUUCAGGUCCCACUGAAGCACGUGGUGUUUUUAUCUCUGUCUGAAAUCACCGCUUGUCCCAAUCCCCGCUGACGUUCCCAGUGAUGCUGGGAAGGUGCUCCAUGCAAACCCCACCUUUUCCAGGUGGCCAAGCACUGAAUUUGGGUGCAUUCCUCACCAGCACCUGCCUUCCCUGGCAGGGAGUUGCUUCUCCAAGCCCAGCUCUCCUGGAUAAAGACUCAAACAGAGCCCUCUGUUCCCUGUCCCCCCUCUCCUGUAAUUGUGCAGGAGCUGCUGAUGGGUGAGCUCUGAUCCCCAGCCCCUCCUGAAGGAGCAGGGGGGCCCCCCCAGCUGAAAUUGGGCAGGGCAGGGGGGGCAGGAGGGCUGUACCAACGGGGGCAUCGCUCCCACGGGCCAAAACAACCCACACUCUGUGUCUGCCAAGGUGUUUUACAUGGAAACGGGCCCGAGGCUGAACUUUAUGGAAACAUUUGCAGCUCUGUAAAACAACCAGCAGUGUGAGCCUCCACCCCCAGGCUGGGUGAGUUAGAGGCUCUCAAAGGCCAGGCAGGUGUGUGUGCACAGGGGGAAGUGCAGCAGUGUGUCAUGGAGAAGGAAUGUCCUGUGAUUGCUGUAUCAAAGUCCAUUUCUUCUCCCCUGCUGAACGGCUUUUGUCCAGCACUCCUGACUUCCCAUGUGCUUUCCCAUACAGAGUGGGAUCCAGGCUGCAAUGCCCCAAAAGCAGUGGGUUCCCAUGGAUUUUGCUGGGCUUUGCUGGGUCCCUGAGUCUCGCAGCAGGGGCUUGGUCAGGUGGAACCUGCUGAUUCACGGGGCAGGGACUUGCUGCAGGUAAAGGACAGGCCCCUCCUGCCCUGGCUGGAGACACAGACCUUGGAGACACAGGUCUUAGACCUCUUGAUUUGCUGCACCAUUGAGAAAAAACCUGACCUGAUGCAUUUUUCCAAUUGUUUGUUCCCACCCUGGCAGAUCAAUUAAUCCUUUUUGUAAACAGGAGGUUUCACUGACAGUAAAAAUCCUUUAGGUUUGGGUGAGUCAUGCACAAACAGCUCAACCCUUCUCAAGGUGGUUUGAACCAGGUGGAAGCAGCCAGAGGAGGGGCAGAACACUCCUGUGAGCCUGGGGUUUGAGCUCUUCUGGUCAGGAGCCACAAGCUGAAUCAAGAUGACGACGGCCACGCCACUGAGCAACAACACCCAGCUCUCAGGGAACGUGACCACAAAGUCUCAAGAACAAAGUCUCUACCAAAGUUCUGGAGCAAUAGUUGCUGCCAUCGUGGUGGGAGUGAUCAUCAUUUUUACAGUGGUUCUGCUCACCUUGAAAACAUACAACAGGCGCAUGCGGGUGAAGCGGGAGCUGGAACCCAAACCCCCCAAGGCAGCGAUGCCACCUCCUCUGGGGCACAACAGCCACGGCCUGUGCCAGCCUCCCACGGUGACCUUCAUCCCUGUGGACAUCCACCUGCACGACAGGUAACCGGGAACACUCAGGGAACACUCGUCCUCCCCGCAGACAAGAGGUGGAACUGUCGCUCACACGGACCUGGGACUCCGCAGCAAAGCUUUUGGAACAGCAACAGGCUGUUGCUUUGGCUGUGGAUUGUAAUUAAUCCUGAUUUCUCUCUUUGAGAGGAAAAAUGAGAGGUCUGGACACUCUUCCUGUGGCUGAAAUCAGCUGGUGGAGGCACAGGAAUCAUCAGAGCCCGGGGUGUGGGGAGAGCGGAUGAAGCGAGAAGGUGCCAGCUCAGAUUUUGUGGAGCUUUUGCUGGCUCAGAGUUUGAACUUUCUCUGCUCUGCUGGUAAACAGGAAGAAAAACCUGGACGUGCCACAACUCAGGUUGGAGCUGGGUUUGUUGUGAGUUACAUGGCACAGGUUUGUGGUGUGUUUCACACACGCUGGAUGGCACAGGAAGCAUCAGAAUUGUAUUUAUCGUUACCCACCUGUCGUGUUUCUAAGCCCACGUGUGUAUGGGUUGAGAUAAAAGGGUACUUUUUAUUUGCAAGUAUUUUUAAACUAUUUCUAUAAACCAUGUAACUCUCCAUUUCCAAAGGA